GCCUUCCCGGCUCUCCGGUUAGCAGGGCGCGCGGCGCCAGCAGCACCCAGGCCAUGACCAGCCGAGGAGCCGCCAGGCCGAACGGGCAGUCCCAAGCCAGUAAAAUCUGUCAGUUCAAGCUGGUGCUGCUGGGCGAGUCGGCGGUGGGGAAAUCCAGCCUGGUCCUGCGCUUCGUCAAGGGCCAGUUCCACGAGUACCAGGAGAGCACCAUCGGCGCGGCGUUCCUUACACAGUCCGUCUGCCUGGAUGACACAACGGUAAAGUUUGAGAUCUGGGAUACGGCCGGACAGGAGAGAUACCACAGUCUGGCCCCGAUGUACUACCGGGGGGCACAAGCUGCCAUCGUGGUCUAUGAUAUCACCAACCAGGAAACAUUUGCACGGGCGAAGACAUGGGUGAAGGAGCUGCAGAGACAAGCCAGCCCCAGCAUCGUGAUCGCCCUCGCGGGCAACAAGGCUGACCUGGCCAGCAAACGCAUGGUGGAAUAUGAAGAGGCGCAGGCCUACGCAGAUGACAACAGCCUAUUGUUCAUGGAGACGUCGGCCAAGACAGCGAUGAAUGUGAACGACCUCUUCUUGGCCAUCGCCAAGAAGCUGCCAAAGAGCGAGCCCCAGAGCACGAGCGGAGCGGCGGGCCGGAGCAGAGGCGUGGACCUGCACGAGCAGAGCCAGCAGAACAAGAGCCAGUGUUGUAGCAACUAAAGGGCGGCCUCCGCCAGCGCCCGCGCGAGAGGAAGAGCUAAGAUAUAACCUCCAUCCCCGUCCACCACACCUCACCUCCAUAACGGCACACCGAGAAACCCGUCUGAACCAAAACCCUCCCGAGAGCUCCCUCUAACUGCACUUUUUAAUGCUUCAAAACCACCACCAGACACCCGUUACCACCAUCCCGAAGGCAGUGGAACUAGAUCAGCCGGGGACUUAACUUCCAAAAAAACAAACUCUUCUUCACUUUGUAUUAUAGGUGCAAAUAGCGACCUAAUAUUCCGAUUUCUCCCUCCACCUUCCUCCCUCUCCCACCUCCCUCUCUGCUCUGGUAAAUCUGGGUUCCCCUUCACGUCUCUCCUUCCACCCUCCCCGUUAGAGCUGGGGCAGGGAGAGACCCGAGGAGGUGGCAGCAUCGGCCUCGGAGGUUCACGCUGUGGUGAAGCAGCCGGAACCAGAGACCUCCGGAACACACGGGAUUUUUCCGAGGGGGUCUGUCAUGGAUUUCUUCUUAAUUUUUUUUUUUCCCUCCUGUUUCUUCUGUUUGGCUGUCGGGGGGGAGGAAAGCUGCAGUGUCCUUAAUUUCUUCCUAGGUGGCCUUUUUUGCUGGAGGAUCGGAAGUGCCUGGGGACUUUUUGUAGGGGAGGGGGGAAGCGGGGCGACCGCCGGACCCCAAGCACUGCUCGCCGUGAAGCCGCCACGGGCAACCCUUCCCCACUGCUCCACCUUCCCCCAUAGAGCUGUCGCACCUUAUCGCUGCGGCCGCCCCGUGAGCCGUGUCCCUCCGGUGAUCCCGAUGCCGCCGGGGCGUGAGCAGCCGUGCCGGCGGCGACAAACCCACUGCUCUCUGCUCUUGCGCCGCGGUUUGUCCCUGGCCGGUGGCGGGCGAGGGACAUCUCUGGUUUGCACUUUAGUGGUGGAAAUGUCCGGUUAAGAUGCACCUUGGUGGGUUUUUUUGGUUUUUUUUUCCCCUUUUGGUCCUGUCGGGCCCGAGCCCUGGGGGGGAAGGGGGCACUGUGCUGCUUGAGUUUGGUUUCUGCUUUUCCGAAGGAGCUUUCUUGGCCGGAGGAACCCGCGGCCGCGCUCGGAGAGUCGGGGCGUUACCAGGUGCCGUCGGUCUGUCCCAGCAGCGGAGAGAAAGGGCCCCUCGCAGACCCCCCUCUCCGGGGAGAGGCAGGUGGCCCCCCCAGCGCUGUGCAGGCGCCUCUGGUCAGGGUGCUGCAGCACGAGGGGACACCCCAAAGCGGGGACACCCCAAAGGAGCAGCACAUCUGCAGAGGGCAGCAGCGCCUGGGCCGUGGGUCCCUGCUCCGCAGCCGGCCCAGGGCCGCAUC